UGUUUACGAGCAAAGUGGGGUGUCCUGCUCGGGGACACUUGUGGUGUGCAGAGCCACCCCUUGCUGCGCCCUCACCCUCCCGCCCCCAAAAGGCACCAUGCCCCAGAACGUGGUCCUGCCGGGCCCUGCGCCCUGGGGCUUCAGACUCUCGGGGGGCAUAGACUUCAACCAGCCUUUGGUCAUCACCAGGAUUACUCCAGGAAGCAAGGCGGCAGCUGCCAACCUGUGUCCUGGGGACGUGAUCCUGGCUAUUGAUGGCUUUGGCACAGAGUCUAUGACACACGCAGAUGCACAGGACAGGAUUAAGGCAGCAGCCCACCAGCUGUGUCUCAAAAUUGACAGGGCAGAAACUCGCUUAUGGUCUCCACAGGUAUCAGAAGAUGGAAAAGCUCAUCCUUUCAAAAUCAACUUAGAAGCAGAACCACAGGACAUGAACUACUUUGAACACAAGCACAAUAUUCGGCCCAAACCUUUCAUAAUCCCAGGCCGUAGCAGUGGAUGCAGUACUCCCUCCGGUAUUGAUGGCGGCAGUGGACGUAGCACCCCUUCUUCUGUCAGUACCCUAAGUUCUAUUUGCCCUGGUGACUUGAAAGUUGCUGCUAAGAUGGCCCCUAACAUUCCCUUGGAAAUGGACCUUCCUGGUGUGAAGAUUGUUCAUGCUCAGUUUAAUACACCUAUGCAAUUGUACUCAGAUGACAAUAUUAUGGAAACCCUUCAGGGUCAGGUCUCCACAGCUCUAGGGGAAACACCUUCAAUGAGUGAACCCACAGCUUCGGUGCCCCCGCAGUCGGACGUGUACCGGAUGCUCCAUGACAAUCGGGAGGAGCCGACUCAGCCGCGCCAGUCGGGUUCCUUCAGGGUUCUCCAGGAAUUAGUGAAUGAUGGCUCCGACGACCGUCCUGCUGGAACCCGAAGCGUGAGAGCUCCUGUUACCAAGCCCCACGGAGGGGCCGGCGGCGCCCCCAGGAUGCCCCUCUGUGAUAAGUGCGGGAGCGGCAUUGUUGGUGCAGUGGUGAAGGCGAGAGAUAAAUACCGGCAUCCUGAGUGCUUCGUGUGUGCUGACUGUAAUCUCAACCUCAAACAGAAGGGCUACUUCUUCGUGGAGGGGGAGCUGUACUGUGAAGCUCACGCGAGAGCUCGCACGAAGCCCCCAGAGGGCUACGACACAGUCACUCUGUACCCCAAAGCUUGAGACCUUGGCACAUACCCACACAGGUCCCCAACCCAUAUACACUCACCCCCAGCUUAGAGCAGGAGCCUCCAGACUGGAGGCCACACCUUUCAGACAUUCAUUGUGUAUUGAUGAGAAGAAAUGGGAGGCUUUUUAAAGCAGUAACUUUUCCUGUGUCACUGUCCACCAUUUACAGUCUAAGUAUGAACAUCCUGUAUGUAAACAUCAAGAUAUUGGGGUAGGAGGAUCUAAUUGUCUUUCCUUGAUGGUUGAUGGGGGAGGGGAGGCAAUUUUAGGAAACACCAAAUAACAAUCUUGUAUUCUAAUGAUUCUCCAGUCAUCUUCAUUUGUUUCAAUUAUUAUAAUGUCAGAAAUUUCCAGGAUUUCUCUAAUUCCAUAUCUCAACAACAUCAUUGAACGCAACAAAUGUCAUACACAAAACAUUUUUUAAAUACUUAAAUUCUGCUAAAAAUUAAUCUUUCAACCAGAAGGCCUGGUGUUCCUUUGGCAUUAUCCACAAACAUUCAAAUAUUUAAAGGAACUUGUCUUCUUUCAUUUUUGUAAUUCACUCUAAUGAGCUCCACAGUUCUGUUGAUGGGAAGGACACUUAAUUCUGCUAAAUAAACAUAAUUCUGUCUAUUUCCAAUUAAAAGUGCACUUUUCUCUGA